CCGAAAAUUUGGAGGCGAAAUGGCGAGCAUGGACAAAGACGAUCAGCCACUGUUGGCAGAGGAUUUGACGAAUCCUAGAGAUCCAGUAGCGGAAGAGCCUGGUAGCAGUAGACCAACGGCAUUCUCUUUUGAUGAUGUGGUAACGGGGAUCUUCGUUGUGUCUUUCGACACGCACAAAGGCAACACGGUGGAAUGGAAGUCUCCGGAGUCCCUCAAUCUUGCUGGCCUGGAGUUCAAGGCGAUGGCGAGCGGCUUCCACACGGUCAGCGACGAUUAUGUCCUGUUCAACUUGGGCGGCCUGUUCGGUCUCAGCUGCUACCAGAAGAUCGCCGUGGACAGCGCCGAGGAGCGCGGUGCACGCAUGCGCAGCGUGGGCGUCCUAUGCCCGUCAUUCUACGCUCUGUGUCGUCAUCAAGACUUCCUGAAGAAAGAGGUGCAGCGUCAAGUGGAGGACCCCAACCGCGGCCAUGAGCAGUUGCAGCGUUACUACGAGGCGCACCAACCGAGCGGCGCCUCGUUUGCGCCCCAGUCGCCGCUGCCAACGGACGCUGCCGUAACGCCGGGCCAGUCGGUGAUGCCGCGGAUACAGGCCCGUCAUCCUCCGGGCUGUGUGUCUGAGUUCUGCUACUCGUUCGGCGCCAAGAUCUUCUCCCUGUGGCGACUGCUGAUGCUGCGCAAGCGCAUUCUCUUCAUUGGACAUCCACCCGUGGGACUACUGUGCGGACGAGUGUAUAGCUGUCACAUGACGAGCUGUACGUCGGAAGUCAUCUCGAGCCUGGGCGACGUACCCGGUCUCUUCUACGUCAACGUCAACGACAUCUCUUACCUGCAGCAGCAGAAAUCCUACAUUGCAUGCACAACAGAGACUAUCUUCGAGACGAAGACCACUCUGUUUGACGUGCUGGUGCGUGGCGAUGAGAUUGCCGUGUCGGCCGGCGCAAAGCAGGAGGGACUGGAGCAUGUGGUGCACGUGUCGCGGGCUGACGAGAGGCGCAUGGCGGAUCUGAACCUGCAACGGAGUCAGCUUUCGGCCGAGUCCGAGACAGGAGAAGAGGAGCUGUUCAUGAGCUUCUUUCAAGACAUGAACAAUGCCCUGUAUCGGUUACUGCGCUCCUCAGCCGACUCUCCCAGCCAUCGGCUGACGAUGGUGGCGCUGGAGGAGAUCGGCAUGGAUCCGUACGACAUUGACUUUGCCCGCCGACUAGCCGACGUGCAUAGUUUGGAGGUGGUGGCGCAGUCACCCGUUUGUCCGUGCAUCAACUGCUCCAUCUUCUAAUCUGCGUGUGCAGAAAGCGUUCGAUGGCCGUACACGUUCCGUUGCGAAUUUCCUAAUCCUAUUGCAACGUAUAGCUUGCCUGGCGUUUUUUGAUCCAGCUAGCUGGCUGAAUUGGCAUGCUACGUACUUGCAGGAAUACGUAGGGAAGUGUCCCAAGGCGUCUCCCAUCCCAAGAUCACUAGUAACCAUCGCGAUCACGCCUCUCAGUUCACAGGCUGACCCCAUCUCCCGACCGACCCAUGAGCCAAUUUGGCUUUUAUUUAGUUUUCGAACCCUAUGCCAUCUCCUUCUCAUGGCCUGACCAUGCCAUGAACUGUACAUAGCCGUGUCAUGUGACAAGCAGCAGUAAAGACGCUUGCGGUGUUUUGAGUCUCUGUUGCGCUUUGCGUAUAUUAUUUUCCCGUCUGGCUGCGCAGAGUGUUCCCCGCGCUCUGCGUACGGAAACCAUCUCCCCACUGCACAUACUUUUUUUUAACUUUCUCAAGCCGCAGCCCCCGAUUUCAGCAUUCCAUCAGUUAUUCUGCAUCUAUUUUAAUAUCCGGUGCAGGCGCGAAUAGCUCGACCUCUUUAUUUCUUUAGUUGUGUGUUUCGUGCGUCCGCGAGCAACUCAACCUCUUUAUUUCUUUAUUAAAAUUGUGUGUGUUUUGUGUCUGUGUAACUAAUUACUUGUCUGAUUGUUGUCUUCUUGUGAUUGUAUUGUGUUGUUUUGACCAGGGAGUCGUAAACUGACUCCCUGGUUUUGACUUUAUUUGAAUUCUGAGCACUAUGAAUCGAUGUAUGUGUCACUCCUGCUUUCAGGAAGCUGUACGCUUUCGAACAGGUAAAGAGAUUUGAAUAGAGAAUAGAAUAGAGAUUUGCCUUGUCAGUGAGUGACUUGA